AUGUCGCAAAACACGGUGCCACAGUGGGUUGCUGACCUUGAACACCCACCUCAGCCGAGAUCCAAGAACAGCAGCAUACCAGACCCUCCGGGCUUCCCUUCGCAAGCCGUCUCUGGCAAGAAGCAGUCCAAGGGUCCCGCCGCCGCCCCGGCCCGCAAGCCGCCCACGGCCGCCGAGACCGACACGCUCAAGCUCAAGAAGGCCUGGGAGGUUGCUUUGGCCCCCGUCAAGAACCUGCCCAUGACGGCCAUCAUGAUGUACAUGUCGGGCAACUCGCUGCAGAUCUUUAGCAUCAUGAUGGUCUUCAUGGCCUUCAAGAACCCCAUCAUGGGCAUCCUCGCCACCAACCAGGCCUUUGAGCGCUUCGAGAGCGACGGCAACCGCGGCAAGAUGCUGCAGGUCAAGCUGGCCUACGUCGCCAUGCAGAUCGUCGCCCUGGCCCUGGGCGUCUGGAAGGUCAAUGCAAUGGGCUUAUUACCAACGACGACAUCAGACUGGCUAGCAUGGGAAGCACAGAGGGAUCCGAUAGAACAUGCCGUUGUGGCUCUGUAG